AUGAGCGCCGACGUUCUGGACUUGCCAAAUCUUAUCAAGCUUGUGAGAGAGCUUGGACUCGAUUUGCUAGACUUAUGGAAGUUGGAGAGGUUCUGGGUGGUCGACACGUUUACGAGGCUUAAUGCUCUUCAUUUUGUGAAUUGCCUCGUUAUAGAAGACGCUGUAUUGCCGGCACAAGCGCUUGCUGAGAUUAACUCUGCUGACCCCACGCAAAGCACGCCAUCUAUCCCCUAUAUCCCUUCCCCGUCUGUGCCUCCCGUACCGACGAUCGAUCCGUUACCGUCAAACAACAUUCUCUACCCUCCAGAUGCCGGUCUCGAAUUUGAUCGGGCGAUACAGGAUCAUGGCAGUAUGGACGCAAGUAUGUCUUCUCCCUCGGUGCUGAAUACUGUCGAUGCGGGUUCGUCGAUGGUUGCUUCGCUACAAUCUGUCCAUAGACCCACAGGACCCGAUGCUGGCCCUGCGUCUUACCCGACACCCUCUACUCAUGGUGUCAACCCUCCCGCAGCGGGCGGGCCACUCGUUUCUCCGAGUGCUUGCUGCAGUCCACAAGUCUACCAAGUGGUCAAUGCACCACAGUCGGUCAGAACCCCUGUCUCAACUUCUGCAACGACGCCCGUGGGUUUUUCGGAUACGCCUGGGUCGGAUGCAGGUGCUUCUUCUUAUCCGACGCCUUCUACUAAUUAUGCAGACUCCCCUCGAGUGGAUGAGUCUACUACCCGCUUGAGUUCUAGCGUUUUGCCGCUCAACCAAGCCGUCGAAGCACCGGAAUCGACACGCAACACGCCGACGCAACAGCAGAGGCGUGAGCAGGCGAUUAUCAGAUCGUUGCAAUCGUGUACAUUUACGAAGGAGAAUGUGCGUCUUGAUAUCGAGGAAACCAAGAAAAUUAUCAAAGCGGGAGCUCGCCUUCUCACACAGGAUCAUUUCAGAAUCUUGCGGCCCCUCUUCGACGGCGGAGCUGAUAUGUCAUCCAGCCUAAAAAGACUUGGACUUCCUGAAGAAUGGGUAGGUGUAAAUGGAGCUGUGAAUUACCUCAGAGUGCUCGAGAAAGACAAGGACAAGAGAAUCUCUUUUUCCCUUGAUCCCUUGGCGAGGCGUGUCGCGCAAGUAUUGCUCUAUCUCAAUUAUAUGUCUCUGCGUAAGAAAGGCGAGCAAGAUUUGGUCACCCGCAUCCUUGACGCCUACCACGAUGAUCCUAACAAAUCCAAGGGGAAAGUAUACCGCCAGAAGAACUUUCACACUUAUCACGUGCGCUUGGGGAGAUGGUGGUGGAGGCUUGCAGCGCACUUGGGAUUGGGCAUCUUGUUGGUCGCUGAUGAUGUAGCGAUGAACCUGUUUAGUAACAGAUUUACUGAUGAUCAGAUUGACGCGCUCAUUACCUUCGCCUUGCGCACUCGCCCAGGCACUAUUCACCUCUAUCGUUCACUGGCGCCAGUGGCAAAGUCACUCUUGAGCGGAGAGCUUCCAGCUAAUCUUCGCCAAAUCUUGAUGGAUGCUAACAAAGGCCUCUUGAGACACAAUGCGCUAGAGGAAGCCCGUACACAGGACGAGAAUGCGUCCAUGUCCCAGGAGAUUGCGGGUCCUUGGCAGGUCGAAAACACUAAACCGUACGCAGAGAAAACCGCGACGGAUUUUAUUGACUCACUUACGCAUUAG